UUCGGAUGUCAAGUACAGGCAUAACCUAUAAUAAAAUUGUAUAUUUGUAAUGUACAGAAUCUGAUAUGUCGUGAGUUGAUCCAAGUGUAGUUACAUAUAAGUGGUUUCGAAUCGUAUUAAAUUAGGUAAAGAAUCACCACGUACGAUGUCCGCGUUAUUUGGAAGCCUUAGAACGUAUUGUUUCGUCCGAAGUAUUAGCAGGUACAGACGAUCGUCACUUCCGAAAAACUAUCCAAGUUUUCAGUUGCCGACUAUACUAUGCCUGAAUAGAAGUAACUUUAGUACCGACGCCAAAAUCACGACCGCAAAUUCGGCAGUAAGGAAAUACCUGGACAGUAUAAUUAAAAAGUACGAAAGUAUCAAGGCUGGACACGAUGUUCUUGAAAAAAACAGAGACCUUAUACCGGUGGUCGGUUUACUCGAAAACCGGUUAAGUAUCGUCGAAAAUAUGACGAGCCUCAACGAUCUUGGUAAGGACAAGGAGAUAAAGGAGCUUGUGGCUGAGGAGAUGGUGGCGUAUAAAACGCAGCUGGCGCUUCUGGACGAGGAAUUGAUCGAGACGAUAUUGUCCAACGCUGCCCACGACACAUGCAAAGACGUGAUUUUAGAAGUAACUGCCGGGGUCGGGGGUCAGGAGGCGAUGUUAUUCGCCAAGUCUCUCUACGAGAUGUACUUGGGGUACUUGGACUACUUGGGGUACGAGUAUCAGCUGAUAGAUAUGGGGGUUUCGGACUUUGGCGGAACGCGUCACGUCUCGAUCUCGGUGUCGGGUGACGGGGCGUUUUCGACAUUGAGACACGAGGCCGGUGUCCAUAGGGUGCAGAGGAUACCCACGACGGAAAAAUCGGGUCGAGUUCACACGAGCACUGCUAUAGUGACGGUCCUGCCCGAGCCGUCGGAGAUCGAAAUUUCCCUCCCCGAAAAGGACUUAAAGAUCGAAACGAAGCGAUCGUCAGGAGCCGGUGGGCAACACGUUAACUCGACCGAUUCGGCGGUCAGAAUAGUCCACCUACCUACGGGGAUCGCGGUGGAUUGUCAAGCCGAGAGAUCUCAAAUGAAGAACAGGAAGUUGGCGCUGCAGAUAUUGCGCGCUCGUAUUUACGCGGCACAGCUUUCCGAGCAGCAAUCGACGACAUCGGAGUUGAGGAAAAGCCAAAGAGGGCUUGGGCUUAGGAACGAGAAAAUUAGAACGUACAAUUACCAACAGAACAGAGUCACGGAUCACAGGCUAGUAAACGGCACGAUACACAAUUUGAAAGGGUUUUUAGAGGGGGGAGAAGUACUCGCGAACCUGGGAAAAAGUUUGGAAGAGGAAUUACGUAAAACCGUAUUUCUCGAGAAUGUGAACGCAGCACAGAAAGGCUAACGUAGGCAAUGUUAGUUCUGGUCACACGCAUAGAUUAAUGAUAUAGAAUGGAUUUCUAAACUAUGUAAAUAAGUCGAAUAAAGGUAAUUAUUGAUGUUAAAUUGACGUCAUUAUGUUCAUGUAUGUAUUUAUACUUUGGGUCGUGAGUUCAUCAUCACAGCCACCCUUCGCGAAUCCGUUAUUUUCGCGUAGGUUCAAACUCACUUUUCUGUCUCGUAAGGAAUCGAUUCAAUAUAUUGUGGAGAUUUUAUAUUUUGUGAAUAAAGUAUUUCAAUUUAUUUGAAAAA